CCGCGCAGGCGCUCCCCCACCGGCACCUCCCGCCUCGUCCUUUUGACUCUAUAUUUUCUCCUCUUUAAUAAGCUCCGACUUCUAUCUCUCUCUCUACCCCUCUCUCUCUUAUCUCUCUCUCUCUCUCUCUCUCUCUCUCUCGUGUUUGCUGCUUCGAGCUGCUCGCGGACAUGGCGGAAUCGGUCGAGUUGCCGAGUAGACUCGCGAUCCUCCCAUUUAGGAACAAGGUCCUCCUGCCCGGUGCUAUCAUCCGCAUUCGGUGCACCUCUCCCAGCAGCGUGAAGUUGGUGGAGCAGGAGCUGUGGCAGAAGGAAGAGAAAGGCUUAAUUGGCAUUCUUCCUGUGCGAGAUUCUGCGGAGAAUGUUACAGUCAGCUCCAUGGUAGCUCAAGGUGGGGGAACCGAUCCCGAUGAACGGAGCCCCAAAGUUCACGUUGGUUCUUCAGAUUCUCACAAGCUUGAUGGAAAAAAUCAACAAGAAGUUAUUCAUUGGCAUGCUAGGGGAGUUGCUGCUCGAGCUUUGCAUCUGUCCAGAGGAGUGGAGAAGCCAAGUGGGAGGGUCACUUAUAUGGUUGUCCUUGAGGGCCUGAGCAGGUUUAGUGUGCAGGAGUUGAGCACAAGAGGAACUUACUACACUGCCAGGAUCACUCCUCUGGAGAUGACAAAAGCUGAGAUGGAGCUUGUGGAGCAAGAUCCAGAUUUCGUAUCAUUGUCACGCCACUUCAAAGCUACUGCGAUGGAACUUAUCUCUGUCCUUGAGCAGAAACAAAAGACUGGUGGAAGGACAAAAGUUCUCCUGGAGACAGUUCCGCUUCACAAGUUGGCAGAUAUAUUUGUUGCCAGCUUUGAGAUAAGUUUCGAGGAGCAAUUGUCCAUGCUAGAUUCAGUUGACCUCAAAGUGAGAUUAUCAAAAGCCACGGAGUUAGUUGAGCGGCACUUGCAGUCAAUACGUGUAGCAGAGAAGAUCACACAAAAGGUUGAGGGACAAUUAUCCAAAUCACAGAAAGAAUUUCUUCUGCGUCAACAGAUGAGAGCUAUUAAAGAAGAGCUUGGGGACAAUGAUGACGAUGAGGAUGAUAUAGCUGCCUUAGAAAGUAAAAUGCAAAGUGCUGGUAUGCCUUCAAACAUUUGGAAGCAUGCACAAAGAGAGUUAAGGAGACUGAAGAAAAUGCAACCACAGCAGCCUGGCUACAAUAGCUCUCGUGUUUAUCUGGAGCUUCUUGCUGAUCUGCCCUGGCAAAAGGCUAGUGAAGAACUUGAGUUAGACUUAAAAGCCGCAAAAGAGCAGCUUGACAGUGACCACUAUGGCCUAGUUAAGGUCAAGCAACGGAUUAUAGAGUAUUUGGCUGUUCGCAAGCUUAAGCCAGAUGCAAGAGGGCCAGUAUUGUGCUUCGUCGGUCCACCUGGUGUUGGAAAAACAUCCUUAGCUUCAUCAAUUGCUACUGCACUAGGAAGAAAGUUUGUGCGCAUCUCUCUUGGUGGUGUAAAGGAUGAGGCUGAUAUAAGGGGGCAUAGGAGGACUUACAUUGGUAGUAUGCCUGGACGUCUCAUUGAUGGACUAAAGAGAGUAGCUGUUUGCAAUCCAGUCAUGUUGCUGGAUGAGAUAGACAAGACAGGUUCUGAUGUGCGAGGGGAUCCAGCCUCAGCUCUCCUGGAGGUCCUUGAUCCAGAACAGAACAAAAGUUUUAAUGACCACUAUUUGAAUGUGCCAUUUGACCUUUCAAAGGUGGUUUUUGUGGCAACUGCCAAUAGAAUGCAGCCCAUACCUCCACCACUCCUGGACAGAAUGGAGGUUAUUGAGCUGCCAGGAUACACACCCGAAGAAAAGCUGAGAAUAGCCAUGAGGCAUUUAAUUCCUCGAGUUUUGGAUCAGCAUGGGCUUAGUCCAGACUUUCUUCAAAUUCCUGAGGAUAUGGUGAAACUUGUCAUUCAAAGAUACACUAGAGAGGCUGGUGUUAGAAAUCUGGAAAGGAACUUGGCUGCUCUUGCUCGGGCUGCAGCUGUAAAAGUUGCCGAGCAAGAACAAGUUGUCCCACUGAAUCAGGAUAUGCAACGGUUGGCUUCACCACUGGUUGAAAAUAGACUUGCUGGAGGAGCUGAAGUGGAAAUGGAAGUCCUUCCAAUGGGUGUAAACAACCAUGAAAUAUCAAACACAUUCAACAUUUCCUCACCGUUGGUUGUAGAUGAAGAGAUGCUGGAAAAAGUUCUCGGGCCUCCAAGGUUUGAUGACAGGGAAGUAGCAGAGCGUAUUUCCAGUCCUGGUGUGUCCGUUGGGCUUGUCUGGACCACUUUUGGAGGAGAAGUUCAGUUUGUAGAGGCUACAACAAUGGUGGGAAAGGGUGAACUACAUCUCACUGGACAGCUUGGUGAUGUUAUUAAGGAAUCGGCACAAAUAGCUCUGACAUGGGUAAGGGCUAGAGCAGCUGAUCUCAAAUUAGCUUCUACAGAGGAAAUCAAUUUGCUUAAUGGUCGGGAUAUUCAUAUUCACUUUCCGGCUGGAGCCGUUCCUAAGGAUGGGCCAUCAGCUGGUAUCACUCUGGUUACGGCAUUAGUUUCCCUGUUUAGUCGGAGAAGUGCAAGAGCAGAUACAGCAAUGACUGGAGAGAUGACUUUGAGAGGCCUCGUAUUGCCAGUUGGUGGCAUCAAGGACAAGAUUUUGGCAGCACAUAGGUAUGGGAUCAAGAGAGUGAUACUGCCAGAGCGGAAUCUGAAGGACUUAGUCGAAGUGCCAUCAGCUGUGCUUGCCAGCUUGGAGAUAAUAUUCGCGAAGAGAAUGGAGGAUGUACUGGAGCAGGCUUUUGAUGGUGGUUGCCCUUGGCGACAGCACUCAAAAUUAUGACAUCGAACGUGGAUGACUGCCACCUUUUUGAGAGAUUGGCUACUCCUUGUGCUGAGUUGAAUCGAGUUCAGUUUUAAUUCGUUGUCAAAUGUCUCUGUGGUGUUCUCAGCACCUGUUGGCCUUGAUAAGAGCAGUGUUCAUGGAUACAUCAAAGAUCAGCUAAAGCAACAACAGCCUAGAAACCAACGGAGGUUCAGCUGCUGCUCUUCCGGGGGAUGAUGUCCUGUACCUGAAUGAAGCUCUCCACAGGGAAUUGUUGGCAUUGUAAUUAUUUUUCUCUCUCUCUAAUACGAGGUGUAAUUAUUUUGCCACCCUAUGUUUUCUUUGUGAUUUUUCUUCAUGCUUUCUGAUUCCCGCAUGUAACUGUUAAAAGGUGUGUAAAUUAAGAGUUUGUGCACAGGGAACCUGUGUUUCCCUUCCUUCGCAGCUUCGCUUCA